UGUACUCGCUCUGUUUUACCUCUAAUUGAUACAGAAAUAGUGACAAGUUAAAUUAUUGCACAUAAUUUGCAUAUAUUUCCCUUAAAAUGUGGUCAGACUCGGUUCUUCUAGCCAAGUUACAGUUAUGUGAUGUGGGGCUAUCUACUACCCAGUACUGUAAUGAUUGUACAGAUGGUCUCACAAAUUCUUCUUGGUUGAGUAUAACUGCCACAGCCUUAGAAACAUGGUUCAGAGCUCAGAUUGUCAUCAUAUGGUUAAUUUGGCAAAAGAGCUGUGUAAAUGUAGGAUUAGACAAGUUCAACCAGAAGUAGGCGACAAACGAACAUUUUGCAACACAUUUCAGCACCGACUCACAGGAGCCGGUGGCAGUCAGUCCAUUCAUACUGUUGUGGGGUAAAUGGCAACAGAAUAUUGCGACAGUAUUGAUUUCUUUUUGCCUUUCGGGGUCUAUAAGCUGUGAACAGCUGGAGAUGGCAGCAAUCGUUUGUCAUCCAGUUUCCACCAGCAGUGGAUACUGAAAGAUCUCCCAGAGUCAAGAUGUUAACAAGAUAGAAGACGUUUGUAGGAUUGUGUUCAGCGGCAUCAGUGGCAUUAUUGCAAAAUGGCCUUUGUUACAUUUCAUAUCCAAGAUGAAAGUCAUCAUACCACACUAAUGUGAAAAAUGGGAGACUGGAACUUCCUUGGAGGGAUCUUGGAGGAGGUGCACAUCCACUCCACCAUGGUUGGCAAGAUCUGGCUGACCAUCCUGUUCAUAUUCCGGAUGUUGGUGCUGGGCGUUGCAGCAGAGGACGUGUGGAACGAUGAGCAGUCAGACUUCAUCUGCAACACUGAGCAGCCCGGCUGCCGCAAUGUCUGCUACGACCAGGCCUUCCCAAUCUCUCUCAUCAGGUACUGGGUGCUGCAGGUGAUUUUUGUGUCCUCGCCCUCCCUGGUAUACAUGGGUCACGCCAUCUACAAGUUGCGAGCCCUGGAGAAGGAGCGUCACUGCAAGAAAGUUGCUCUCCGUCGGGAGCUGGAGGCAGUGGAUGUGGAGCUGGUGGAGGCAAGGAGGAGAAUUGAAAAGGAGAUAAGGCAGCUGGAGCAGGGGAAGCUCAACAAGGCACCGCUGAGAGGUUCUCUGUUGUGUACUUACAUGGCUCACAUUGUUACUCGCUCAGUGGUAGAGGUCAGCUUUAUGAUGGGUCAGUACAUCCUCUAUGGACACAGCCUGAGCCCUCUUUACAAGUGUGAAAGAGAGCCAUGCCCUAAUGCGGUGGACUGCUUUGUCUCCAGGCCCACAGAGAAGACGGUCUUCAUGAUGUUCAUGCAGGCAAUCGCCUGCAUCUCUCUAUUUCUUAGCCUUCUUGAGAUCAUGCACCUGGGCUACAGGAAGCUCAAGAAGGGCAUCCUGGACUACUACCCACAUCUAAAGGAGGAUCUUGAUGAUUAUUAUGUCAACAAGUCCAAAAAGAACUCAGUUGUGCAUCAGGUCUGCAUGGGCACCUCUGUGGGACGCAAAAGUACUAUCCCCACAGCACCAAGUGGAUACACGUUACUGUUAGAGAAGCAGGGCAACGGACCAAACUACCCUCUUCUCAGUGCCUCGUCUGCCUUUGUGCCAGUACAAGGGGACCCUGGUGCAAAACCAGAAAGCCACAAGGACAGCAGUGAGGGAGUGCCGAGCCCCACUGAGCAGAACUCCAACAACGCAAGCAGUGAGACACGUUCCCCUACUGCUGACAAACAGGAUGAACCAGAGGAACAAUGUUCAUCCUAUCAUGAGGACUUGGAGUGUGUGAGCUCCAGGUAUCCCACCAUCCCUGUAGCAGACACGUCCUCAUGCACUAGGCCAUCAGGCAUUGCAAGGAUGUCACAGGGGGUCAGUCCACCAUGGAACUGCUCCACAGUGAUAGAGGGGAAUGGCUCAGACAGUGGAGAUUCCUACCACGGGAACAACAGCAGCAUGAAGCUACGCAGCAGCUGUGUCAGCUCAAGAGUGAGGAUGCUCUCUAAAUCGGACAUUAAAAGACCAAGCAGAUCCCAGAGCCCAGACUCUGCAGGGGAGCUGAGUUCUGUAUCUCGACAUAGCUGCGAGAGCAACAGCCCCACCAUCUCCUCUCCAAUCCGCAGAGUGUCAGCAGCCAGCAGUGCCAACAGCAGACGAGCUCCCACUGAUCUGCAGAUAUAGGGUACAUCCCAAUCCUAUGACCUGGGAUUGUUCCUCGAACUUUACUCAACCCAGAAAUUGUUCUGUUCCGCCGUGUUGCAGGAUGUCCCAAAGCUAUUAGGGUACAUCCCCUAUUUUCACCGGUGUUUCCCUUGCUUGGGUCUUAGUCCCACCCAUGUAAGAUGCAAGGAAAAAAUGAGUAAGGAGGAAUCAUGGUAAUACCCUUUUAGUCACGAGAAUGUCCUUUCCUCUGGUCCUUCAUCUCAAGCAUCCAAUCAAUAAAGUGGUGUUGGUUCAAAAAAAGACUUCCAUGAAGGAUGCGCUCAUGUAUCCUUGCUCUUGGCUCCUUCAGCAGCCUACUCACUCCUGAGAGCAGAUACAAUUCUUGGGGUACCCUUGAUUUGUUUUUCUCACAUUUCCAGGCUGAUUACAGGCAUCCAGAUGGACCUUUAAUGAUCUGGUUGUAUGCAGCAGAUAUCUGAAUGACUGGUGGGAAUGGAAUAUUGGACCACACAUCUAUAAUGUUUGAGGCCACAACAUGCUGGUAUACAACCUGAUACAUUUAUACCAGUAACACUGAAAUAAUCAAGUUCCUUUUCCAACAUGUUUGAGAGUAUUUCUCAAACAUAAAAAAAUACCCAGUUCUGGAGCUGUCUGCUAGUAUAGAAAAUAAGAAAAUACCCUCGUCUGUCACUUUAUUAGAUACACAUAGCUAAAUUUAAUGCAGGCUACAACA